AAACGCGGACGCGCGCAAAUCAUGAUAGUUGCGUGCGCGCUUCCGUGAGGCACAGACAAAAAAUGGCGGCCGCCGCCAGAAUAGGCAUUACAGUUCCCCGCAACUUUCGGCUGCUAGAAGAACUGGAGGAGGGUCAGAAAGGAGUUGGAGAUGGUACCGUGAGCUGGGGCCUGGCAGAUGAUGAAGACAUGACGCUAACUUCUUGGAAUGGCAUGAUCAUCGGUCCGGCAAAGACUGUCUAUGAAAGCAGGAUUUACAGUCUGAAAAUCGAAUGUGGACCUAAGUACCCAGACCACCCCCCUGUUAUCCGCUUUGUGAACAAGAUCAACCUGACUGGGGUACACAGCUCGAAUGGUCUGGUGGACAUAAAGACGGUGAUGCCUCAGACCAAGUGGAAGAGCAACUACAACCUCCGGAUGGUACUGCAGGCGCUCAGACAGCACAUGAUGACAAAAGACAACCACAGACUGUCCCAGCCGCCUGACGGCCAGAUGUACAGCAACUGAGGCUCCUGCUGCUUUCCCUCCCUGCUAAACACACACGCACGCACACACAUUCACUAUCAAACACACACACACACACACAAAUAUAUAUAAAAAGCAUCCUUAACACUGAUUCUACCACUUUCCCAAAAAAAAGCAAAACCAUCAUGUAAUCCAAGACUCUCCACUCCCUCUUCCGUCCUUGGGGGCCUCCCAUUGGACAGAGGGAAGGGUGCGCAGGUGAACCUGACAUCCUCAACCAGUGCCCAUUCAUUAUGACAGAACAAGAAUACUGUACAUCUUACUAAUGUUAUUUUUUAUUAUCUUUGUGUUCUACAUCCUGAUUGUAAAAUAACAAACGACCUGAUUGAGUGUACAAGUCUUGUGUGUGUGUAUGUGUGUGUGUGUGUGCGUGCCAGGAUUCUUCACAGUUAGUCCCUGGUAUCAACUCGCCACUCAACAAAAAAA